AGGCCAGCCCAUUCGGCUCAGGUCCAGGCGGGGGGCGCCCGCCGUCCUGGCCCGGGCAUGGCUGGAGCACCGCAGCAGCCAUAUUGAAGCAUAUCGCAGCUCUGCUGACCGCAGCAGAGCGGCGCACACGCUGGCGGCAUGCCGCUCCGCCGCGUCCUGGCCGCCGCCCUCGUGCUGGCGCCCGGCCGCUGCUCGGCAGCCGCCCCGCGGCGCGCCGAGGGCGCGGCGGGCCCGCCGCGGGCGGGCCGCGCGGAGGGCGCAGGCGCAAGGCGUGCGGCCGCGGGCGAGCUGCUGGCGGUGGGCCAGAGGUCGUCCCACGCGGUCGAGGCACGCGAGGGGAGCCCCACGCACGUGACGGCAGCCCCAGACGUGCAGGCGGAGGAGUUCGAGAAGCACCAGGGCGUCAAGCGCUGGGACCACUUGGAGAGCUCAGCCGGCGGGAACGAUAAGAGCACGGAGUGGCGGGCCGAGAAGGGCGGCGGUGCGGUGCCGUGGCUGGCGGCCGCCUUCUUCAUCGUCCUCAUCGGGAGCAUGCCCGUCGUCGGCGCGGUGGGCUCUGGCGGGCUCACGAAGACGCACGUCCUCGAGAGCGCGUUCCUCUACACAUGGCUGCUUGGUGGCCUAUACAUGUUUACCAACGUGCUGAUAUUCCAGUCCCCCCACUUCCAGCACCCGCGCCCGCUGUGUCUGGAGGAGUCGGUCUACCUGUUCGCUCAGAUCCUCACGACGGUCGGUUACGGCGACAUCACCCCCGCCAGACCCAGGGGCCAGCUGUGCGUGGGGAUAUUUGUGUUCACGGCCGUCCUGCUCAUCUCGAGCAUGGUUCAAGAUAUGUUGGGCGUCUUCAGGACCAUGAUGGAGGCUUCGAUGGACGGGGCCGACGAAGGGGAGCGCAGCAAGAGCCCAAGGUCAGAGCAGCACGCACUGAAGAAAGCCUUCGAGCCGGUGGUAUACGCGUCGAUAGUGUUCUGCUUCUUCGCUGCUGGCGGGACACUGUUCUUCACCUACUACCCUGGAGAGGAAAAAACAUUGGCCGAAGCAGUUUACAUGUCGCUGAUAACCCUCAGCACCGUCGGAUUCGGGGCGUUCACGCCGUCCACGCACGAAUGGUGGUUGGGGCCUAUUGGAUGUUAUUUGGCUGCUCUUCUCUGAUGGCGGUUGUCACCAGCCGUGCGGCGUUCGCCUUGAGCCUGAAGGCCCACGAGAUCAGGCUCAUGGAGGCGCAUGGAGUUAGGAGCGAUUCUCUGGAGAACUGGGAUCGUCUAAAGCACGCGUGCAAAUCACACCACACGUUUUCGAAGAACGCCUCGAGCAUGGCGUCGCAGAGCCUGUACUUCCACGGUGCGCACACGCGAGGCGGCAGCCCCUCGCGCGCACACUGACGCAGACCGCGGCGCGCGUCCGCUCGCCGUGGGGUGGCCCGCGGCGCGCGCGGCCCCGCUCUGCAGCGCGGCGGGUCACUGGAGGCGUUCGACCAAUGUCGGUGGCUUUUCAGAGGUAUAGAGCCACCGCCGGCGGCGUCAACAGCGGUCCGCUGUGACGCCCGCGCGAGCCUGCUGAGCUCGCCUCCUCCUCCUCCUCCUCCUCCUCCUCCUCCUCCUCCUCCUCCUCCUCCUCCUCCUCCUCCUUUCCUUCUCUGUGCAAGUCCGGCUGCGCCCUGUUCUGACUGGGCUCGAAGAUGCCACAAGAAAAAGGUAGAGCCAGCUGGGG